AUGCCCGCUUCUGGGCGCGUCCCCUCUAUGUCGGAGCCGGUUGUGCAUACACCUCAAACCGUCAGGCCGGCGGUCGUGGUUGCUGAACGGACUCUAGCACCAGACGCAGUUUCCCAGCCUACCUUUCCCUCUCCCGCCGCAGCCUCUUCACCUCCCUCUGUUCAGGCAAAAGAGUCUGCCUCUCCUUCCGCUCCCUCGGGCUCUCGAGCCCCUCCGGCGACAUCAGUGCGCCUUUCACCUCUGCACGAAGUGCAUGCGGGGCUGGGGGCGAAGUUCGGCAAGUUCCAGGGCGUGCUCCUGCCUUUCGCCUACGAGGGCGAGGGCGUGAUGAGCUCCCACCUCCACACGCGGACCUGUGCCUCGCUUUUCGACUUCUCUUACCGCCAACACUAUCGGAUCUGGGGCGAGAAGGCCGCGCAGCUCCUCGAACGUCUAGUGGUCGGUGAUGUCCAGAGCCUUCUCGAAACCGAGAGCCGCUUCACGCUCUUCACCAACGACGACGGUGGCAUUCUGGACGACGUGAUCGUUGCAGUGCAUCCAGGCUUCCUGCUGGUCAUGGGCAAUGCAUGCAAUAAAGCCAAAGUUCUCGAACGGCUUGAGGCAGAGGCUGCUAUAGCGCGGGGAAGAGAGAAGUCCGUUCAACCGCGUGUUCGUGUCUCCGCGGCUUUCGCCCAGGGGUUUGUGAAGCGAAACCUAGCCCUGGAUGGUAUUUCUUCCGCUGUGGCCUCAGGCGAACGCGUGACGGUGGAGGCUCUGGACGACUUCACGCUGUUGGGAGUCCAGGGCGCACAGGCGAUGGAGGUGAUGGGCCAGGUUGUGGAUGCCGCGAGCGUCGAUCUCGUCAAAAUGCCCUUUAUGAGCAGUUACCUGUGCACCGUGGAGGGUGUCGAGUGCGUUUUGACGCGGUGCGGCUUCUCCGGGGAAGACGGGUUUGAGAUUUCAUUGCUCUCGGAGGAGGCGUCGAUGGUCUUCUCGGCUCUGCUGGAAAAAUCAUCGCUGCUGCGCCCAGCGGGAUUCGGCACGCGAGAGACUCUGCGACAAGAAGCGGGUCUCUGCCUGUACGGGGCUGAUAUCGACGAGGAAACGACCCCUGUGGAGGCUUCCCUGGGAUGGGCUGUCGGUCGCCGCCGUCGCCAGGAAGCGAACUUUCCGGGGGCGUCGCGGAUUCUCGCGCAGCUCGUGCAGCUGCAGCUGCUGCAGAGCCAGGCGAAGUCGCGGGUCCAUAUCGACGCGGAAACCUUGCAAGCUCAGCUGGACGAGGCGGCUGAGAAGGCAGGCAUUUUCGAGGUCGACCGCCUCCGCCGCAAACGCGUCGGCCUCGCGCUCCCGGCGGGCGGCUCGACAACCAAGGGAGGAGUCGCCGUCCUCAGCCUCGAGGGAGAAAAGAAAGUUGGCGCGGUGACCAGCAGCUGCUUUGCCCCGUCGCUGCAGCGAACCAUCGGCAUGGCGUACCUAGAUCUCCCGUACACCCUGCCAAAGACGCGCGUUCAGCUGGACACUCCCCGCCCGACGAAAGACGUCGAAGUGUGCAAAAUGCCCUUCGUCCCUGGCGCCUACUACCGCGUCCCUCUUCCUCUCUAG